AUGUCGAAUCUUCUCUGCGAUAUCUGCAACACGAUUUUCAAGGGCCCUAAACGCGAGCAAUCUCGCGCUGGUGGAGCCCUGGCAGUAGUCAAGCACCUGAAAUCGCCUGAACAGCUCCAGAGUGGGAUCAAUACCGGAUGUGUUGUUUGUACCGGGCUUGCUCGACGUGUGGCGUCGAAAUCCGCCGGAUUAGAAACCUUGGGCUCGUUUAACUCUGGUUAUCUUCUCUAUGACUUUGGUCACCCCGGCCACGUUACAUUUCUCCUGACUUGGGAAAUUGAUGGUGAAGUGGAAAAUGACGCUCUAGAUUUCGGUCUACUUUCACUUAGUUCAGAUGCUGAACUUCAGCAUCUAUGUCAGCCAAAAAGCUCCGGCUUUGAAUCCGAUGCCACUGUUCAACUCAUGCAGAAAUGGCUUGAAACUUGCCUUGGCCGCCAUCAAAAGUGUGCACAACGCGGCAAGGAUAUUGAAGAAUUCCAACUUCCAACCCGGCUUCUCGACAUUGGGCUACUGGGAAGUAAGGGUUGUCGGCUAGUAUUGACCGACUCCAACUCCAUCUCUGGGGAAUACCUCACCCUCAGCCAUCGCUGGGGUUCAUCUCCGUUUCUACAGCUCAACUCAGAGACCAUGAGCGCCUUAACAGCGGGCAUACCGAUCCACGAGCUCCCGGCCACCUUCCAAGAUGCCGUCUUCAUUGCACAGCAGUUAGGCCAAGACUCUCGAGAAGACUGGAUCAGAGAGGCGCCCACUAUGCGGCAUGUUUAUGGCUUCGCUAUCAUCAACAUAGUGGCGGGUCACUCUAAUGGUCCCGAAGAUGGACUCUUCCCUCCACGAGACUUAUCCUCGAUUGAAUCAGCCAUUAUCGGAUCAAAAUGGGACGACCAGUCCGAGACAAACUAUCUUCUCUGGGAUGAGUCAGCUCUACAAGACGACUUUGAAUCCGCCCCUCUCACACAGCGCGGUUGGGUUUUCCAAGAACGACUGUUGGCGCCUCGGAUCUUGCAAUUCGGCAAGAGGCAGGUGUAUUGGAGAUGCUCAGAACUAUUUGCAAACGAAGCCUGGCCCCAGGGUGUUCGUUUUGCAACAGGCGAAGCCCUUAGAUUCGGCACUGACCUGGAUGCAUUGGAUCGGAAGGCUUGCAUGGAGAUUCCACCAAUUUCAAAAUGGCGCCAGGUGCCGGUCAACACUACAUCGCAGGAACCAGUUGCAGUAUGGGAGCGUCUUGUUACCCAAUAUUCCCAGACCAAGCUUACCUUUGGCGAGGACAAGCUAGUUGCCCUCUCUGGAGUAGCCAAGCUGUUCCAACAGAAGUUUAAAGAUCGUUAUCUCGCUGGUAUAUGGUGGUCACCGUUUGCGAGGCUUCUUUGCUGGAGUCGAGAUGAUCGCCAGGAGAAGGAAGCAAGGGCUCGACCGGAUUACCGUGCACCAUCGUGGUCGUGGGCGUCAAUUGAUGGGCCCAUCUAUUUCACUGCUCGAAUUCCGGCGAUGCUUCGUACUCUCCUCUUGGAGGAGUACUUGGUCGAAGUGGUAGACGCAAGUGUCGUGCCACUCGGGAAUGAUGAGAUGGCCCAAGUUCAAGGCGGACGAAUGACGGUGAAAGCAAGACUCUAUUCUUUCAAGGUCAUAUCGCAACAAGAAGACCAGUUGAAAUUUGAGAUAGAUGGCAAGGUCACCGAGGGCGGAGAGGGCACAUUUGUUCUUGACGCAGAACUCAAAGAUGAACUCGAAGACCAACAACUGUGGAUCAUGCCGACUAUGCUUGCUACCUUUAUGCGCCCGCCGUUGAAGGCGAGAGGGGAGUUGAGCUUUUCGGGCUGCAUGUAG